CGGAAAGACUGACAGCAUGGUUCUUCCAUGUUCUGGUUAAUGCAAAUUAUACUUAUUAAUAUUUCACUUAUUGUAAUUAGUAGUUUAGUAGUAGUAGCAGCAGCUAGUAGUCUUUGUUUUUAGUAAAGGCAUUAUUUUAAAUAUCUUUUGUUCGCUUCGGGUAAUCAUCGGCAUCAUCUUAUAUACAGAGAUGAAAAGGCUUGACUUAGAUGCUGAAUGUUAGGUUUACCAGUCCGUCUUAACGUGUGUUUUUAGCUCAAUUAAGUUGAUUUUUCGGCUGAAGGUUGACUGAGUGUUAAUUGAGAGACCGUUAAAAUGUCUAAAGUAAAGCUAAAGCAGGCUUCGACUGUUGUUAGCCCAAAAACAAACAAGCAAACUAAAUGCGAUAAGGGAAAGACCAAAGAUGGCAAGAAAAGGAAAUAUUUCUACAAAUAUAUGGAUCCUAAACCGAAAGAAGCGAAGAAUACAGUUUGUCUUCCGCCCAGAGAUGCUGCAGAGUUUUCAUCCAACUGGAAAAGUCUUCUAUUGGUGCUCAACUCAGAAGAGAAUUUAAAUACAAAGAAGCUGAAGUCAUUCCCAAUUAAAGAAUCCAACAAACGUGCACAGUGCAACAAUCAAGAUACAAAUCAAGCAGCAGUCAAAGACUUUAAAAAAUCAUUUAACUGUUUGAAGCAACAGGAAUCUGAAGUGGCUGGAAUGGAACAACGUAGCAAUUGUCAUAAACAGCACAAAACUGAGAAGAGGAAAAUGAAUGAUGUUGAGGGGGGACAAAAGAAGCAAGCAGACAAAAGGAAGAAAAUUGAAAACACAGAAAAGACACCAACAGAGGCAGAUAUCUGGUUUGAUGACAUAGACCCUAAUGACAUUGAAGCUGCUAUAGGCUCAGAGGCUGCUAAUAUCGUGCGGAAAAGGAGUGGUGUAACUCAAGCAGACGCCAAAACUACAGAGAGGAGCACGGAGCAGUUGCUGGUCAAGGAGAGCACUUGCGAUGGAUUGACACGUGCAGUUGCUAUGGAUUGUGAGAUGGUAGGGGUGGGGCCUGGUGGAGAGGAGAGCAUUUUAGCAAGGGUCUCCAUUGUCAACUAUUUUGGCAAAUGUGUAUAUGACAAAUAUGUUAAACCAACAGAGAAAGUCACUGACUACAGGACAGCUGUCAGUGGCAUUCGGCCUGAUGAUAUCGAACACGGAGAGAACUUCAAAGUAGUACAACAGGAAGUGGCUAAGAUUCUGGAGGGACGAAUAUUAGUGGGACAUGCCAUUCAUAAUGAUUUAAAGAUUUUGUUACUGGAUCACCCAAAAAAAAAUACAAGAGACACUCAGAAGUACAAACCUUUCAAGAAGAUAGUAAAGAGUGGACGUCCAGCACUGAGGGUGUUAUGUAGAGAGAUUCUUAAUGUGAAAGUACAGCAGGGAGAGCACUCAUCUGUCCAGGAUGCGCAGGCCGCCAUGCGUUUGUACACACUAGUGAAGAAGAAGUGGGAGGCAGAGCUAAAAGCCAGCAGGGGUCAAGCCACCAACCAAAAAAGCUCUCGCAAACCUCGAGCCAAACCUGGCUUGGUAACAGCUUAAAUGCGUAAGACACAAGGAGUAAUUGAGAAAAGAGUUCCAGGUGCCAAGUGUUUCCAUGACAUUACCUUAAACAGAAUUAGCUGUAAACUAUUGCUAACAGUUCGGUCAUUGUGAUAAUUAGUAACAUCUUUUGAGGCAUUUCUACAGGGUCAGUUUAAAGAACAAGUAUUACACACAAGCAAUUUACUUUGUAUGUGCUCACAAGUAAAUAAUAUGGUGAUCACACUAGUUGUAUUCCUUCAGUGCAGCCCUUUAAAGAUGAUUUACAUAUGCCGUAUGUAUACACAAAAUAUAUUUGUAUUUCAGACCCUGUGGGAACUUUGUCCAACAGCUUGUUCGAUAAUUCAUGGUCAUUUUGAAUCUAUUCUGUUGAAAGAGUAAAUACUAGUAUUAGAUCUGCAUAUGUGUAAAUGUCUUACAUACAACAUACAAUUUUCUGUGGCAUUUGUACAUAAUACGAAUCUAAACAUGGUUUGUACGGCUUUUAAAACUCCAAAAAAAAAAUCUCAGAUCAAUAAUCUGGUUUAAAUAAAUGUACAAAGUAAACAGAA